AUGCAGCUUGUUUUGUUCGGAAACUUGGUGCGGGACGUCGAUUCUUGCCGACCACCACUUAUUCACUACACCUUCGGACGUCAGACGAAUCCAAGUUAUCUGGUCGAUGCGAAUUUCUGGGAGGAGGAGGUCAGGCGAGCCCAUUUCAACACGAGGGUAUGGGUAUUUCAAGAGCUCCUUCUUUCUCGACGUGUUGUGUCUUUUGGCGAGCGUCAGGUGUUUUGGAGUUGCCGGUCAGGUCGUGCGGCGGAGAUAUGGCCCCCGGAUAUUCCUGUCAAGGAUCCCUACGAAGGUCCGCGUAUCGAGAAUCUUCAGCUUGGCGACAACGGAGCCCGCGGAAAGACGAAAAGCAUACAAUUGCUGGUCCAAAAUCGUACUAAGGAGAUGAUGAAGGUGCUCGGAGAUGAACAUAUCGCAGGCAUGUGGCGUCGCCACCUAGAAUCGAAGCUCCUUUGGAGAGUGCCUACUGUGUCUACUCCUUCUGGCUCACCGCCUAUCACCUAUAGGGCUUCCAGUCAGUCCUGGGCCGCCGUAGACGUUCUUGUCGCACCAGGCAAACUGUAUAAGCCCGAUCGUCUGCUGAUCAAGGUUGAGGAUUACCAAAUUGAGUACGUAACUGACGAAAAGACCGGCCUAAUCUCUGGGCCGCACAGGAGAGGCGAUGACCAUCAUAAACAAGUCUGGAACAUAGUAGUCAACGGGCUCAACCCUAGAGAGGAAAAACGCGAGAACCACGUCAAGUUGGAUAUGUUCCUUGACAAUUUUGACGAGCAAAACGACAACUCAAUACUGUACUGCAUGCCCUGCUAA